AUGCAACGAUUAGCUACAGGUAUCGCAGUUCUCUUCUUAGUUAUUCUAAGUUUUUAUUCAACUGAUGCAUACAACUGCUACGUAUGCGCUAGUGGAUCUGCUGGUUGUGGUACAUCAUUUGAUGCAACACAAAUGAAUGCUACUGCGAAUAUAGUUGCGGCCAACGCUACUCAAAGAUGUACCAAAUCUCAAUUCGGUGAUUUAGUUAGUCGAGGAGUUGCUGAUGUAUCUACAUGCUCGAAUGGUGAUAAUGGCUGUAAUGUGACAUCACUUCUCGGUGCAACAAUAGCUUCUUGUUGUUGUAAUACAAAUUUAUGUAAUGGUGUUUCAUCGAUUCAACACCAGUAUAUUCUCUUUAUUUCUGCUAUUAGUAUGUUCAUUGUUAUUAAAAAUGUAUUUACCAUAUAA